AUGACGAAAGCAAAGACACAAGCGAAGACGCAAGCGAACGCUCAGACGGCUCCCAACACACCCAUCCUUGCGCCGCCGCCCACCGGCGACUGGUGGGACGAGACCCAAUGGUCUGUGCUUGUGUCUCUGCUCGAUGCCGUCCUGGCACCUGUCGUCGCAAAGGGCGAUGCACGCAUUGAGCAGCAGAGGGCCAAUAAGGCUGCACCGACCGACGGCCUUCAGUUCAACCGGGCGACCUUCAAGCAACUGCCCAAGGCCGAGCUCGACAAAGCCAUCGCCGGGGCGCGUGCCGGCGUUUUGAGCCCGCCCGAAGCCGCUAAUGUAACUGACUACCUGGCUGACCGGGCGUCUGAUAACCCGAAGUUCCUCAUGGGCGUCCGGCGUACUUUGUCCGGCGUCUCUCCAGGCACCCGGAAGGAACUAGGCCAGCUGUUGACCCUGCUUUCGGGUCGAGCAGGUGCACUGGCUUUGACAGGCUACUGCGUUCCAGUGCAAAAGCAGCCCAUCCACAUCCGGGAGAAGAUCCUCCAAAACUGGUCCAACUCCUGGCUCCCAAUCAUCCGGAUUGCGGCCCGGUCCUUCCAAGCUCUGGCGCAGACGUCGUGGCUCAUAUCGUCCCCCAUGUUUCGCCAGAUUACUGGCUUCAGAGACAUUCCCCCGAACUGGAAGGCCGGCCCAGGCUUCGACUACAACUUUUUGCAGUUUGGCAAAGACGACAGUGCCAACGGCAAGCUCGAGACCAUUGAGACUGAUGUUGUCAUUGUUGGCUCGGGCUGCGGAGGUGCUGUGUCUGCCAAGAUUCUCGCAUCGGCGGGCCACCGCGUCGUUGUUGUGGAGAAAGGCUACCACUACCCACAGACACAACUGCCCAUGCCGCAGAACGAGGGUGCCCGGCUCCUGUUUGAAAACAAUGGAGUCUUGGCCUCGACCGAUCCGGGCAUAAACGUGGCGGCCGGUGCCUGUUGGGGUGGCGGCGGCACCAUCAAUUGGUCCGUCAGCCUGCGCACCCCCGACCGUGUGCGGCAGGAGUGGGCCCCCAAGGACCAGCCCGGAAUGAGCUUCCUCACUUCCCCCGAGUUUGAUGCAUCCAUGGACCGCGUGUGUGACUUUAUGGGCGUCAACAGCGUCAUCGAGGAUACACCGGCCACGGCCACAACUGACGAGGUCGCAAAGGUCGACGACGAGCAGUCCCAUCGCGGUCGCGUUAUCCUUGACAGUGCCGUCAAGCUGGGCUUCAAGGCCGACACUCUUCUCCAAAACAGCAAGGGUGGUAAGCCGCACGACGACGGCUACUGCCACCUGGGCUGUGCCACGGCCGAGAAGCAGGGCACAUCGGUCAGCUGGCUGCCGGCUGCCGCGAACGCGGGCGCCCAGUUUAUUGAGGGCUUCCAUGUGGAACGGGUGCUCUUUGAGGGCGACGACGGCACAGCCGAGGGCGCAGCCACCAAAUCCAUUCCCCAUUCGACGUCUGCUUCAGGCGCCAAGGCCAUUGGUGUCGUCGGUACAUGGACGUCCAGGGACGCCAACGGUGGCGUUGCCGGCGACGAGCGCACCAAGACGCGUGUGGUCAUCAAAGCGAGAAAGGUCGUUGUGUCCGCUGGCAGUCUGUGGAGUCCUGUUGUUCUCAAAAACAGCGGUCUUGAGAACCCGCAAAUCGGCAAGAACCUCCAUCUUCAUCCUUGCAACUUCGUUACGGCCUUUUUCGACGAAGAAACGAGGCCUAUGGACAAGGGUAUCAUUACAAGUAUCUGCACCAGCUUUGAAGACCUUGACGGCGAAUACCACGGUCCUCGGCUUGAGUCUACGUGCAUGGUGCCCUACGCCAUCAUGUCCAACAUGCCUUGGGUCAACAGCCUUGACUUUAAGCUAGCCGCCAUGCGCUACCCGCACAUGGACGGCUUCAUUGCGCUGACCCGCGACCGCGACAGCGGCCGUGUCUUCCCGGAUCCUACCACAGGCCAGCCCGUCGUCGACUACCAUCCGUCCGCUCUUGACCGCGAGCACGGUGUCGAGGGCGUUAUUGGCAUCGCCCGUCUGUGCUAUGCCGCCGGUGCCAACGAGAUCCGCGCGUUUGUUGCGCAUACCAAGCCCUUCAUACGGGCCAACAAGGGCCAGAGCGAUAACACCAAAGACGAUCCGGUCUUUGAGGCCUGGCUCAAGGACGUGCGCAAGGCCGCGCUGUCGUCGUCGCCUCUGUGGGGCGGCUGGAACGUGGCCACGCCGUUUAUUUCGGCGCACCAGAUGGGCACGUGCCGCAUGGGCGACGACGAAGGCAAGGCCAGUGUGGUCAACCCGCGUGGCCAGGUCUGGGGCACACGGGACCUGUACGUGGCAGACGCAAGCGUUUUCCCGAGCGCCAGUGGUGCGAACCCGAUGGUGACGACGAUGUCGUUUGCCGACCAUAUUGCGAACGGCUUGGCCAAGGAGUUGUCAGGCAACUAA